AUGCUGCUGCUGUGGCUGCUCCCGCUUGUGGCUGCUAUGCCAUUUGAUUUGUCAUCUGAGCUUGCCACCUCAGUCACCUAUGACGAGAAUUUCGCACGAAAUAAGAUGUUGCCACUUGCGGCUGCAGCAUACUCCUCCGAACCGCAGCAAUGCUGCUGUUGUUGCUGCUCCCGCUUGUGGCUGCUAUGCCAUUUGAUUUGUCAUCCGAGCUUGCCACCUCAGUCACCUAUGACGAGAAUUUCGCACGGAAUAAGAUGUUGCCACUUGCGGCUGCAGCAUACUCCUCCGAACCGCAGCACCUUCACCGCUGUUAACAAUGAUGACAAAGCUAUAAUCCUAUCCUACAGGGGAACUGACAAAAAUACACAGUUGCUUAUGGAAGGAGACGAGACGAUUUACAAGAAUCAUACCGCAUGGGCCGCUGGUGGAACCGUGUCGAAGUAUUUUGGCGAUGCAUUUCAAAGACUUUGGAUGGAAGGAAUCAAGGAUGAUCUUACUACUCUUCAAAGCCAAAAUCCUACUUACGAACUUUGGAUCACCGGUCAUUCCCUAGGAGGAGCUCUAGCGUCUUUGGCUGCAUCCUAUAUUGCCAAUACGAAACUCUUUGCUGCAAACAAAAUCAAGCUUGUUACAUUUGGACAACCCAGAACCGGCGACAAACUUUACGCAGCCGCUGUGGAGAAACAAGUAGAUCUUUAA